AUGCCAAACAAAAAACAGCGCCUGUUUGGCCGCCAACUUCGUGGAACUAUGCCCCCACAGCCUGUAUUAACUAUGAUAGAUCAUCUACUUUUGUAUGGGGCAGAUGCUGAGGGAAUUUUUAGAAAAUCGCCAAAGCAACAAACUGUUAGGUUGUUGAGGCAGCAGUUGGAUAUGGGACAAGUCCCCGACUUCCACCAAUUCAACAUCCACGUAACCGCCUCACUUCUCAAGGACUACUUGCGCAGCAUUCCAGGCCAACUGCUCCUUUCGGGCAAUUAUCGCCUCUGGGCCGAUGUUGCCAACAUGUCUCCCCCUCCAAAUUCUUCCCCAAAGUCCUCUCCCUCCUCUGAAAAUGAAAAACAAAAUCUGCUUCUGCAUCAAGACCGCGUUCAGCGCUGUCGAAAGUUGUUGGCUCUGCUGCCUCCAGCACACGUGGUUCUGUUGAGAUCUGUCCUGCGGCUUUUGAGAAAGGUAGCCCAAAAUGAAGAACAAACCCGUAUGGGUGUUAGUGCACUAGCUGUUUGUGUGGCACCUUCUCUGCUUGAGAAGCUUGAGCAGGUCGAGUCUGUGCGUAUUAUACCAAAUUUGGUUAUCUUUUUGAUUGAAUAUGCACAUGAACUUUUUGAUGGUUUUCUCGAAGAUGGUCCUCUUCUCCCUACCAUCAAUAACCACACAGAAAACAGCAGCAUCAAUCAACCGAUCCCUUCAGUCCCCUCAUCUUCCCCCUUACAUCAAUCAACAGAUUCUGGUUUAGCCGAUGAUGUCGGAAGUGCUUUUAAUAAUGUCAGAAACGCACCUAUGGGGACCAAACGUCGUUUUAUCCUGACAGAUUGCCAAACACAAAAUUCACAACAACAAAAAAUUUUACCCCACCAAAGCCCUUUGAAUCACACAAAUCCAAGGUCUGUCAGUCCAGACAGUGGAAAAAUGUCGUCAGAGCCUCCAUCGGAGGAUGACAAUGAUUAUUGGAGGAGACAACAGAGGAAUAAUAGGCAAAUUAGAAAUUCGUGGAUGUUAAAGACUCAUUCGUUAGAUGAGGGUGUGAAGGAUGGGGAAAUGAAUAAUGUGAAUGGAUCUUUGGGUUAUGGAAUUGUCGCCCCACAUAUCGACGAUGACAUAGACGACGACCUUGAUGACGAUGACGAAGAUGUGGAUAUAAUAGAUUCACUAUCAUCUAUAACAAUCAGAAAUCAUUACAAUCAAUUCCAACAAGAAGAGGAUGCAAAAACACCUGUAGCUUUAAGUAGAGAGAAUUCUGAUGCUAAAGAUUUUAGAAAUAAUUCUGUUACUAUAAUUAAAAAUAAUUUAAAAAAUAAUGAAGAAGAAAAGAAUAAUUGUAUUAAUAAUGUUGAAAUAAACAAUAAUUCGAUUUUGACGUCUGCUGCUUCUCCAAACUUUGCCUGGCGUUCUAAGCAUUUGGUAAGUUAUAUCAGAAUUUUACUUGAACAAAUAAGAAAUCAGAAUUUUAUCUGA